AUGUCUUUCGAUAGACUCAAGGCUGAGUCUGUCACGGUACUUGCUACUAAGAUUGGUUUAGUAAGUGAUAGCGAUGUUUACAACACAAUCGAAAAGCUUUUGUUUCUUGUUCGUGAAGCAGAGCUACAUAGAAAGAUGGUUCAUGCUGAUUACACUAAUUUAAAGAAGGUUUUCGAGCGUGAUGAGGCAACUGUACACAACAUUCUUACGGAGUACAAUGUUCCGACAACUAUUACGGAAUCCUUCUUGGACUCAUAUAUCAAGUCUGGUGGAAUUUCUGAUGAAAGUAUAGAAGAAACUCUAGCAGUUCUACCGUCUAACACAACUGAAGUUGGUGUUAGUAGUCCUUUGACUUCGGUUGUUACAACACAGCAACAAUACUCUCAUGCGAUUGGAACGCCACCUAUCAACGUCGCCAUCCCGCCACCGAAUGUGCCAGCGUUUCGAGGAGUUCCGAGUAUUCCUCUGCCGGACCUCACGCAACCGCCGCCGGUGAUCAGUAAUGUUGGCAAUAUUUAG